UUCUAUAAAGGUCUCCUGGUGAAGCAGUGGGUUGGACUAGAUGACCUCCAAGGUCCCUGCCAGCUCCGUUAUUCUAUGAUUCUGUAAAGGUCUCCUGGUGGAGCAGUGGGGUUGGACUAGAUGAUCUCCGAGGUGUCUCCCAAGACUGUCAUUCCGUAAAGGUGUCCUCCUGGAGUGGGGUUCGACUAGAUGACCUCUGACAUCCCUUCCAACUCUGUCCUUCUGUAAGGGUCUCCUGUUUGAGCAGGGGGUUGUAUUAGAUGAUAGAUGAUUAAAAGAGAUAAUAGUUGAAAAAGAUAAGAGAUUCAGAUAGAAAGAAGACAGAUUAGAUAGGGGAUGGAUGGAUGGAUGGAUAGAAGAUAGAUUAAAUAAUAGAUGAGAGAAACAUGAUAGAAGGAAGAUGGUUUAGAUGUUUAUGUGUGGUAUAGUCACACCCACCUGCCACCCACCUGCCUCUCCAAAGCGCCUCUGGGCAGCUUAUCUGGGUUUCUAUCCACACCUCAUAAACCAGGUUUCGGUCCCGAAAGUCACCCUGGGAUUGAUAGGAACCAGUCCUGCCACCUAAAUCUUCUUUCCUCCCUCCUUGGGGUAUAGUAUAGCCUUCGUAGGUGGUGGGAACGCUGCUGAGGCUGGUACGUUGGGACCUCCGCCUUGGGAGAAAUGGGGUGCUUGGAGAGCCCCCUCCCCCUCAAGCUUCUUAGCUUUUGCACCCGCGCCGGCCUGGUGCCUGCAUGGUGACUCGAUGGCAUCUCGCAAAGGAUCGGCCACCACCGGAAAUGCACCCGUUGCCAAUGACCGAGACCGGGAAGACGUGGAGCUGGCCGAGCUCGGACCCCUUUUAGAGGAGAAAACCAAUCCAGGAACAUCCCAUUCAGCCAAUAGCCCGUGUCAGCCAUGCCCGGCUACUCAGGAGGAAGAGGAGGAGGAAGUAAGGGUCUUAACCCUCCCCUUGCAAGCCCACCAUGCAAUGGAGAAGAUGGAAGAAUUCGUCUACAAGGUCUGGGAAGGCCGGUGGCGAGUCAUCCCCUAUGAUGUGCUGCCCGAUUGGCUGAAGGACAACGAUUACCUGCUUCACGGACACCGCCCGCCUAUGCCAUCGUUCCGCGCCUGUUUCAGAAGCAUCUUUCGCAUCCAUACCGAGACCGGAAACAUCUGGACCCACCUGGUCGGCUUCGUCCUCUUCCUGUGUCUCGGGGUCCUGACCAUGCUGCGCCCCAACAUGUACUUCCUGGCGCCCCUGCAGGAGAAGGUGGUUUUCGGGAUGUUCUUCCUAGGCGCCGUGCUAUGUCUCAGCUUCUCCUGGCUGUUCCACACCGUCUACUGUCAUUCGGAGAAGGUGUCACGGACGUUCUCCAAGUUGGACUACUCAGGAAUCGCCCUGCUGAUUAUGGGAAGUUUUGUCCCGUGGCUUUACUACUCCUUCUACUGCUCGCCCCAGCCGCGGCUCAUCUAUCUGUCCAUCGUCUGCGUCCUGGGCAUAUCCGCCAUUAUCGUGGCCCAGUGGGAUCGCUUCGCCACCCCCAAACACAGGCAGACCCGAGCAGGGGUCUUCCUCGGGCUGGGCCUGAGCGGCGUGGUACCCACAAUGCACUUCACCAUCGCCGAGGGCUUCACCAAGGCCACCUCGGUGGGCCAGAUGGGAUGGUUCUUCCUGAUGGCUGUGAUGUACAUCACCGGAGCCGGACUUUACGCAGCUCGUAUUCCAGAAAGGUUCUUCCCGGGCAAAUUUGACAUCUGGUUCCAGUCCCAUCAGAUCUUCCACGUCCUGGUGGUGGCCGCGGCCUUCGUCCACUUCUACGGCGUCUCCAACCUGCAAGAGUUCCGUUACGGAUUGGAAGGCGGCUGCACGGAUGACUCGCUGCUCUAAGGAUCGCGGGAAACGAUUGCAAAAAGUUCCCGAAGGGCUUUUCCAGCGGACUUCGUCUUUCUCGAUUUAAAACUGAAAGAUAGCUUUCUUUUUUUACAUUAGAAACAAAACUCGACACAGCGUUGACCGCGCCUGGGUGUUUGAAGCCUGGUGGGGAAGGAGAGAGGGGUGGCUCAUUCCUGAGGCUCCUCCGCAUUCUUGACGAGACAGCACACGGCUCGUCAGAUUCCUCGUUUCCCGUCAGGAAUGUCUCGCUCUGCAACGAUAGCUCUGACGAGGAAUUCCUGGGCUAUCCCACCGACAUUUGUCUUUCUUGACAAAAUCAUUUACGGCUAAAAGGAAAAUAUUUAAUAUUUAAGAAGAAGCUUUACAAGCGAGGUGCUGCCCGUCGGCUUCUGGAUCCUGACAUAUCGUCGAGGGAGUUGCGAGCCGGGCGCAGCUUGGGAUUCGGUGUUGCCGAGCUGUGACUUUCAGUGUGGAGGUGAUUGGAAUAAACAGUCUGAAGCUGUGGAUAAUGGGAUGUUGGGGAAUCGGGUCGAGGGAAGGGGGUAUCUCCAAGGUGUGCACGCAUCUACUCAAUCCAGAAUCUUAGCCUGGAGAUUUUGCUUCUGAUGACACGGUCCUUUUGCUGGAUUUUCCGUGUCCCAUCCGAGUCACACGCAUUUAUUUUCCCAACCUGCUAUUUUGUCUUGCCAUGCAGAAGAAAGGGAGGAGGAUUUGAAGGGGUUUGAGUUUCUGGUUUGUAAACGGCACCUAUGCCGACAAAUAAAAAGAGGCGGAGCAAAGUUAUGGCAAGAUUUUUGCUGAAUUGACACAGAUAUAGAAAGUUGCCGUGUUUCGCACUGCUUGGAUCUAAGAGGACAGAUGGCUGUGGGAGUGAAUUGUCCACCUGAACUGAUCUUCCCAGAGUAACUCUGCUUGGUCUUACUCCUGCUCCAUCCAACUUUCUGACUUCUGCUUGGUGGUUUUCUUGCAGAUGUUUCACAACCCAACUAGAGAACAUCAUCAGUGCUAAAAGGAAAAGGGAUUUGCUCUCUGUUUAUAUACAAUCCCUUCCAGCACUGAUGAUGUUCCCCACUUGGGUCAUGAAACAUCUGAGAAAACAAAUGAUUUCAGAGAGGACCAAAGGAUUCCACAGUCCUCCUCUGCACACACCAUUCCCUUCCAGCACUGAUGAUGUUCCCUAGUUGGGUCAUGAAACAUCUCCGAGACAACCAGCCAGCUCAGAGAGCAUCAAGGAUCUACUAUAAAUAUUCUCAUCUGUUGUUAUUUCUUACUUGGUUUGUUCAGAUAUUUCCUAGAGUACCUCUCAUUUCCUAUAAGCUUGCUUCGGUUGGGUGCUACGUUGCUUGUCCCUUCUUCUGCAUUUAAUUGUAGGUUGUGUAGGAGGAGAGCCGUGUCCAUACUGUGUCCAAAAUUAGGAAUCUGAAAGCCCCUUUUCCGUCUCAACAGAUUUUAUUAAAAAGAAUCAGCUUUUGUGAGCUGCAGAAAGCCGAUGCCGUUGAACACAAUUUGUGAGUUGGAAAUAAUAAGAAUGGCAUUAUAUUUCCCAUCUCCCAGUGAUUUCCUGAUAGGAUGAGUCCAGCUGUGAGUUUACUUUUUACCCCUUUUUUUAGCAAAAAAAUGUCAGCUCUGCCCUCAUACAAUCGUAGUGGCAUGCACCACAUUGUAUAGACAGCAAAGUCCCUCCUGUUAUUUCAGACGGAUUACACAAAUGAGAUUAGGCUUGCCACGUGUGGAAAGUACAAAUCGGCCUGUUCCGGCUUUGUGCUUUCCAACUUGUCACCUUCAGCUCUUCAGGUUCUUGAGCAGAAGUUGCGCUUUAUUGUAUGAAGAUCUGUUAAGAGUGUGCAAGGUUUUGGAUGCAAACUGGAAAAGAUGCUGUGGAAUGCAGAGAGGUAGCGUUGUCCCGGCAAGAGAGGUAGCUGCUUUCAUGAGCUUGGAACCAAUGCUGGGUUGAGAAGUAGCUGCUUUCAUAGGCUUCAGAUUUGUGCUCGGGUGUUGAGGUGUAGGUGCUUUAAUAAGCUUGGAACCAGCACGUUUUGUUGAGAUACAGCUACUUUAAUGAGAAUUUAAACAGUGUUGGGUGUUAAGAUGUAGCUGUUUAACAAGCUGUAAACCAGUGCUGAAUUGUUAAGAUAUAGCUGCUUUAAUAAGCUUCCAGCCAGUACAGAUUGUUGAAAUGUAGCUGUUUUCAUAGGCUUCGAAUUUGUGCUCGGGUGUUGAGAUGCAGGUGCUUUAAUGAGCUUGGAACCAGCACAGGUUGCUGAGAUAUAAUUACCUUAAUGAGCAUUAAAGCAGUGCUGGAUGUCAUUAAAUGAACUGUUGUAAGUUGAGGACUACCAAUACUUCUCGUUUAGCAUUCCUUUGGGGACCAGAGAACGGAAUAAAAACACAUUUUGUGCUACCUCAACACUGCCUAAACCAGUUGUCAACUUGUCGGUCCUUCAGAGGACCCUUUGCAGUCCACACAACUUGGCAUGCAGUGACUUUCCUUCAAAUCGAGCAACUUGAAAAAUGCGUGGACUCCGAUUCCCAGCAUUCCCCUGCCGGCAUGGGGAAUUCUGGGAGUGGAAUUCCUGACACGCUGGUUGGACAAUUCUGGGAACAGAACCCUGCGCAUUUUCCCGUUCCCUCAGGGCAAUCAUCCGUUGUGGUGUUGGUUCCUUUGGUGUGACUGAUCAACACAAGGAUUUAAUGUUGAUUUUUUUUUCUUUUGAAAGUCCGCAGGACGGGCUGAGACCAAACAUUUUGCAUUUUUGGCCCAAAUAUCCAAAUCUUCCCUAAAAAUUUAUCGUCAACUUUUUGCACUGUUGAUAAAAGCUCUCCACCCCCCACAUCUCCCACCCAGGAAGGACAUUUUUUUAAAUUCAGAAUAAAGCUGGAAGGGACCUUAAACUUUGCAAGUUUCCAUCUCGGUCUUUUUAAAAUUAAAAUUUGCUUUUAAAGCAGUUCAAGUAGUCCUCAACUUUCAACCAUUUGUUUACAGACUAUUUGAAGUCACUAUUUGAAAAAAAGUGAUUUGCGGCUGGUCCUUGCACUUAUGACCGGUCCUCGCACUUACCCCUGUUGCAAUAUUUCCCCAUGGUCACAUGAUCGAUCUCCAGGCGCCUGGCAAUGGCAUGUAUUUAUGACAGUUGCAAGGUCACAUGAUCGCAAUUUGCAACCUUCCCAGCCGGCUUCCGACAAGCAAAGUGAAUGGGGGAAAAGCUCAAUUCGCUUAACAACCGUAUGAUUCACUUAACAAUCAUGGCAAAAAAAAAAUCGGGUGUGACUCACCUAACAACCAACUUGCUUAGCCAAUGGGAAGUUUCUAAUCUGUGGGUUCCUUGGUACGCCCUAGCAGACAUUUCAUGACCAAACUAGGUAACCAUGUCAGUGUAAUCCUGUGAAAGUCUGAUCCCAAUUGUGGUCGUAAGUCGAGGACUGCUCAGCCUUGUUCCCUGGCCUUCCCCACAUCGUGUUUGGUUUGACUUUCAGAGUCAGUCUUAGGAUCCAAGGGUGGAAACAGCUGAUUUAAAAAGCUGAAAAAAGUUUUUAAACGGAGCUCAUCGAUAAAAGUACAAUCUCGCACAAGUCCACAAACGUGCAAAAGAUACAAACACACAACUGUUUAGUGGCAGGCAGGCUGCAUCCGUUUGCAGCCACAAAACGAAACGUCUGACAAGAGUCGUCACCUCUGGUCUUCCUUUGGCCACACAGCAAAGAUGGCUGCCGACUUUUCAAACACCAGGCGGGCACAAGGUGCGUGUGUGUAUGUUUGUGUCCACCAGGCACACACAAACACACCCUCUUCAGCAGGAGAAGGCAGUGCCCAGAAUAAAGAUACAAAUUGAUCCUGUAUGUUACUGGCCCCCUUUGCAGAAAACCAUCUCGCACCGUCUAAAGAAAAUAAAACUUUUGUUUUGUAGCUUGCGGGAAAAGACGCGCAAAUAUUCUGGAAGACAUUUCUUGUAAAAUCGACACCCGAACAGCUCUGCAGAUGCUAUACAGGCAGUCCUUGAUUUACGACUGUUCAUUUAUUGACCUACAUUAUGACGGCACUGAAAUAACUGACUUAACGUCUGGUUUUCACACUUAAUGACCGUUGCAGCAUCCCCACCCAGUCAUGAGAUCAGAAUUCAGGCACUUCGCAACUAACUCGUGUUUAUGACCCCGUUUUGUGACCCUCUGACAAGCAGUCAGCGGGGGAAAAGCCAGAUUUGCUUAACGACCACAUGAUUCACUGAACAACUGCACCGAUUUCACGAUAUCCGUGACAAAAUAGGGUUGUAAAAAUGGGGCAAAAUUCACUGCCUUGGCUUAACCGCGGGCUCGAUUGUGGUCGUAAAUCAAGGACUCCUUCUACAAAGGACCCAGAUAGAAAGAUUUCAGAAAAUUAUAUUGGUGAGGCAACCCCCUUCCCCUCCCCCACCUCCCAAGAUGGUAUUUUUAAAAAUGUUAAAAAAGAAAAGUUGGAUUUUAAGGUAACAAUUAGAAGUAGUAAACCUAUGUAAUAACUUGAGAUAUCAAGAUAUAUAUAUAUAUAUAUAUUUAUGAAAGGAACUAAAGUGAUAGCUGGUGCAAAAAUCUUAUUAACACCUCGCGGUAACGAGCGGGAAUAAUGUGGAUUAUUAUGUAGGUGUAAAUGUUCAAUUAUAAGAACAAAUGCGUUCUUUUUUUCUUCUUUUUUGGACGGAGACGAUGCCUUCCUAACGACGAACCUUUUUUUCUGCAGUUUGUAAACUAGCCAAGAUUGUAAAGAGAUUUCUCAGCAAUAAAAAAAAAACAAACCCUU